AUGAUUAAAAAUUCUGAUUGUUUGUUACAGAACGCACCGAGUCAAGAGCCAGUGUACAGAAAAGUGGCGAUAGUAGAAAAUUUCUUCGAUAUCAUUUAUACUGUUCAUGUUGAACUCGAAGGGCGACCUGGGAAACAUGCGGGACAAAAACGGACUUACAGAACCAUCACGGAGACUUACGCGUUUCUACCAAGGGAGGCAGUCACGCGCUUCCUGACCGGAUGCGCCGAGUGUGCCCGGCGCCCGCGCAGCGCUUCGCCCCCGCCGCUGCCCACACCGUCCCCAUCCCCCACGAGACACCCCACUUAUCUACCCUUCUUACCCCAUUGCGCCCCAGACUUCACCCGCAACUGGGAAUCGGAAAUAGACGCGCAGAACUUUUACGAGCCGAAAUUUGACUACAACGAUUUACAACCGCUCAAGAAAAUAGAAAGUCCUAAACCGCCAGAUGAAGAUGAACCGACUUAUAUUGAAUUGACCUCGAAAAAGGUUAACGGGUUUGAGUCGACGUCUGCUUUUAGUAGAAAUUCCCCAAUAGAACCAGCUUUCAGAGAAGAAGAGCCUGUUAGGACUGAUCCUGAAAUCGACAAGGAUGAAAAUAGUCUUAUAGAUGUCGAAGAUGUAAAAAACGACAGCCCCGUGCUGGUGACGACGAAGAAGGACGAGGAAGAAAGCAAAGAAAAUGAGGUGCAUGUGUCAGAAAGUACCAGGGCUACUGAAAAUACUGCAGUUAAAGAUAAUACUGAGAAUAGAACGGAGAAGAAAUAUAACCCGUUGGAUGUUGCAAAUUUGACAUCGAAAGAUCCGCCUAAGUCUAGAUCGCCGCCUAGGAAAAAGUUACUACCUACUAGUAUAGAAUAUCCGAACACUUUUGGCAGGGUUCCGAAACCUUGGAGACCUGACGGAGGAAUGUUUUAUGGUGGGGAGGAAAUCGACUACAGCGUGCCUAUAACGACGGCGUAUCUUAAACACAUGCGGAGUAUGGCGUUUCAAGAAAGGAUGGACAACGAAAAUAAGGGGCUGUUAAUAACACAACAGGCUAUUUUAUUCGCCGACCGCCACUUGCGGCGUGCGGCGCCUUUGAUGUCCGAGAUUAGAAGUUUGCUUAGUUCUGGAGCAGCACGUUAUGUGGACAAUGCCGAAUAUUUGAUGUGCCGCCAUUUUGUUCGGUUGCCUACAUUUUAUCAGUUCUAG